ACGGCUUUCGUGGCUACACUUUUACCGUUAUACUUACAUUCAUUUCAUUCGGGCCUCGGUCGCGACCCGCUCGACUGCUCAAACCCAACUCACCCCAAGUUAUCUAAUUAGCGUAAUUAACAAUCAUCUAAUUACUAAUAGGGUUUUCCUCGAUUUUGUUAUUGUUCAUGUUAGUUGCUCAGUGCGUGUGAGUCCACGGCGCGAACCGGCGUUUUUACGUAAACAACUAGUUGCCAGCUAGGCACCAUGUGGUUAUCACUGCCAUAUGCCAUCUAAAUAACCAGCAGCGCACAUAAUUUUCCUGUUGCUACAACAAAUUAUGGAUACGAGUGAAUGUUGUGUGUUCUUAUGAUAGUCCUUUCACAGUGAUAGGACCAUUUUUGGGACUUUUUUCUGUUAUAAGUGACCGAUGUUAUAGUUUUGAUGUUGUAAUAUUGUGAAGUGUUCAAAAUGGAUAAGAAACUGGACCUAUUGUCCUUGUUAGAGUCUGACUCGUGGCAGAGUCCGGAUGAUCUCCUGGAGAACAUCUUCUCUCUGGAGCAGGGGUCCCUCAACUUCCUUGAGGAAUCCUUGCCGGACUUCAACUUGGACCCUGACAGUGUGCCCCAGUCCUCUGAAGCUGUUAGCAGCUCAUGUUCAGAUAGUGGGCUUUCCAGUGAUCCUGCUGAGUUCGACUUCGAACAGCAGCUUUCCCCGUUCCUGAUCCAGAACUCCUGCGACGAGGACCUGACCUGCGCGGGCCUGGAGCCGACCAGCCCCGGCGCUGCCCAGGACGUGGUCAUCCAGGACUGCAGCGAAGCCUCCAACUCCAACGAUGCCUUCGACGUGCUCAACUUCGAGCAAAACGUCGUGCCCGGCUUCAUUAAUAAAAAUACAUUCCAAAAUGAAAAAGGCGGGAGGAAGCGGCGCCUCUCGCAGACGCCCCAGGCCGUGGUGCAGCCCAAGGUGCAGAAGCCUUCAAUCAAGAUCGCAGCCAAUGUGAAGCCACAACUGGUGGUCAAGUCGCAACCGCAGAAGCCUUUAAAAGUUGCCAAUAUACAGGUCAUCAACCCGCCACCAAAAGUAUACUGCAAACCCGUUGAAUCCGUCGCCCCCCAACGUAAAGUCAUCCGCGUGGCCCCCAUGGCCGGCAACCCCCGCUCCAUACUCCUCCCCGUCACCAUCAAAGACAUGAAGGACCUCAAGUCCAUCAAGAUCAUCAAUGCUGCAGAUUUGAAGAACGCCUCCAAUAUCAAGUUGGCAGCGGCAAAUCUUCUGUCUCAGAGCAAACGACAGGACUUCAAGGUGGAAUCUAGGAAUGACUAUGAAUAUGAGAAUAAUAAUAACUGCGAUGACUCCGGCACCGAGCACAGCGAGGACGACGACGACCACGCCCCCCAGAACAAUGGCGGCGGCUACCCGCGCCUGCUCCUCACCCCCGAGGAGCGCCGCCUCCUCGCCAAGGAGGGCAUCACCCUCCCCACCAGCUACCCCCUCACCAAACACGAGGAGAGGGAGCUGAAGAGGAUCAGGAGGAAGAUCAGGAAUAAGAUCUCCGCACAGGACUCGAGGAAGCGCAAGAAGGAGUACGUCGACGGGCUCGAAGACAGGGUUAAGCAGUGCACAGCCGAGAACCAAACCCUGAUCCGAAGGAUAAAAAUCCUGCAGUCGCAGAACCAGUCGCUGUCCGCACAGCUGAAGAGGUUACAGAACGUGCUGACGGGCGCGACGACAGCCGGCGGCAAGGCGCAGCCCGCCACGUGCCUGCUGGUGCUGCUGCUGUCCGUGGCGCUGGUGGCGCUGCCGUCCCUGCGCGACGACGUGCGCGCGCCGCACCACGCGCAGCCACAGCCCGCCGCCGCCGGCCCGCAGGUCCCCGCGCAACGAGCGAGGGCGUUGCUGCAGCACACUAAAAUGGUGCUGGACGAAGCCGUGAUCGACGACGGCGAGUUCAACAUGGAAGAGCUGAUCACCUUCAACCGUCACUCCGACCACGACUACCAGAUCACCAAGGCCGAGAUCCCCAUCCUCCCCGGCGGCUACCACGACCUGCCCAUCGACGAGGACUGGCCCCCCAACCUCAAGAAACGCAUGAAAACCAUACACUUCGACUACGACGACGGACAUGACUACCUCCCCCCUAUCGUCAAGCAGGAAAACUACGAAAACGCAUACAAAAUAGAUGCAAGAAUCGACGAAAUAGAAGACAACGCGUUCUUCACUAACACCCUCAUGUCUACAGGAAGGAAACUAGGCGAGCUGAUCGAUCUCUUCCCGCCCAUACCGGUCAAGAACGAAGACAUACUGGUCGAAGAGGUGUCCGAUUAUGAUACGAGAAAUAUCACAGAGGUCAAAAGCUUCAUCGUGAAUGGUGUGAACGGUAUUUAGUUUAGUAUACCAUAUAAGUUCCUACGCUUUAUAUUUAAAUCUUAUAUGGUAUUUCCGUUGCAUAAUUAUUUCUAACUUUAUAUUUUGUUACAAUAUAUUUUCUCUAUUUUUACUAUGAUUUUAUUUCGAUGAAAUUAUUCCUUGCGUUAGUGAGAUCGUAUGAUUUUAUUUAGGCUAAGUAUUAUCUCCAGAUGAAGUAUGAUAUUACGUAGAUGAAUUGAAAGAGUUAUUUAUUUAAGACUUCAAAUUAAUAUAAUGAUUAUAAUCUUAGAUCGUAUUAGAUAUAUUUUUACUUUGUUACGCAAUUUUAAUUUAAGGCAUUUUGUGUUAAAUUGGUGCAAUUAUGUGUUAAUCGGCGAGUAGUGUUAGCUAGGCUAGAGUAAGUUACAAUCUGUUCAGAUUCACUUUUAGGUGUAGUUCCGUUAUAUUAUAUUAUCUACUACUUACACGAUUGUUUAAAGUUUAUUUGUCUUAUUGAUUGGAAUGUGGAAGUUAGUCGAAAUAAACUGUACGAGUAACUUUA